AUGAGAGAACGCGCUAGCGAUUUUACGCAAUUUAACUACGCCCAUUUCCAGGCUCUCACCAAGCAAGCACUAAAUCAAAUUAGCAACAACAUCACUAAGCCUUUACGAUUCGCUAGUGCUUCGCGACCACGAGGCUUCACAACAGAUCUUCUAGAAACCUGUCUCUCAGACUUCCUUCUGCAAAUGCCUUCACAGGCCUGGCUAUGGCAUUUUGCCGCACCUCUUUUAGCUUCAGCUCUGCUACUCGCUAGCUACCCACCAGGUUCCCAUAACUUCGCGCCUGAUUACCUUUUCGAUGCACUAUACUCUGCUCCGUGCAAAGCGGCCAUCGCUGCUUAUACGAUGCUUGAGGAGAUCCAGCACAAGUUUUUGUCAGCAGUGCUCCAAGAGUUCAAAGAUAUCUUCAAGACAUACGUUGACAACACAUUACCUGCAACGGGUAUACGCAUGCUGAGUGUGGAUGGAGGCGGCGUCAGAGGCGUGAUCCCCCUUAUCUUUCUUCAGCAUCUCGACCGCGCACUUGCUCCGCUAGGCUGCGCGAUUAGGGAUCACUUCGAUUUCGUAUGCGGCACAUCAGCUGGCGGUCUUGUUGUUAUCGGAAUGUUCUUGUUACAAUGGGGCGCUACGGAGUCUAUACAGCGGUUCGAGCAAGUCGCUGCAAAAACAUUUGGCAGGCGAAAGGCCUUGAUAUCGAGGGCUCUUCAACUUGUUAUUGCAUAUGUCGAGGAUGGCCAGUACAGCCUUGCUGCUGUUCAGGAAGCGUUUAGGAAGACGUUCAACUCUCCUUUGUCCUCUUACACUUUGCAGAUGUUCAACCCUUUGCGGAACGAUACUAAGGUGGCGGUCACCACCACUGCAGUUCACGAUUCGCUUCCAUGGUUAUUUACUAACUACAAUGGGGGAAGACGCCAUGAUGAUGUCGGGUAUGAUGUCGUCCGCGCCGAGAAAGCGCAAAACGAUAUCACUGUUAGUGAUGCGGCAUGUUGCACGUCGGCCGCGCCCUGGUUCUUUAAACCGCAAGCGGUGCGUAGCCUAGGCACCUACCAGGAUGGGGGAUUACAACACAAUAACCCAGCCAGCAUAGCUCAGUGGGAAAGUCAUUUUCUUUGGCCGACUAAACGCGAUCCUGAUUUCGCUCUCUCGCUCGGUACUGGAUUUGCGGCGAAAUCUGCGAGCUUAGGUCUUACUAUCCCACGUUUCUACAAGCGAUUGUUCAACAGUUUCAUGCGGAACUUGGAUAGCGAAGAUGCAUGGAAACGCUACUACAAUUCUUUAGAUCCGAAGGUACGUCCUAGGUAUCACCGGCUGAAUGUAAAGUUCACUGGUCCAGAGCCUAGCUUGGACGAUGCAAACCAGAUACCCUGUCUCAAGGAUGUAGCCCUACGAAAGAUCGACGAGGACAACAUCGCUAUAACAUCAGUGGUAGACUUAAUGCUAGCUUCCAUGUUCUACUUCGAGUUGGAUGCUUUGCCUAUCCUCGACGGAGGUAAUUAUCUUUGCUUGGGAUACAUUCGCUGUCGCCUUGACCUACCAGUCGAAGGUCUCCGCUACUUGUACAACCAGUUACUCGAGACCUCUUCUUGGUUCCUUAUCCAAGGAAGUCCUAUCCAUUGUGUUCAAUCCAUACCCAAGGGACCCCCGCCAUUCAAGAGACGAGUCAAUUUUCGUGCUGAAAGUAUAGACGAGGUGAUUGCGUUUUCUCUAGGAGGUAUCACCAGUACAGUGAGACCUCUAAGUGGUUUCCCGACUAGUCUAAGGAAAUUAAUCGAAGACCAACGUCUCGAGAAGCCGUUUGGUACCCUCGACCACGUAGUAUCAGAAAAGCCACUACCUGCCAUUCCUGCAAAACGUCCUAGCGCCAUCCAGUCCCCUGAGCACGAUUAUGACCCGAAAAAAACCCGCGUUAGGACAGGAUUCUUUUGA